GAGGUAGAGGAGGGAGAGAAGGAGAGAGAGGAGGGAGAGAAGGAGGUAGAGGAGGAAGACGAGGAUCAAGAAGAGGAGGGAGAGAAGGAGGGAGAGGAGGGAGAGAAGGAGAGAGAGGAGGGAGAGAAGGAGGUAGAGGAGGGAGAGAAGGAGAGAGAGGAGGGAGAGAAGGAGGUAGAGGAGGGAGAGAAGGAGAGAGAGGAGGGAGAGAAGGAGGUAGAGGAGGGAGAGAAGGAGAGAGAGGAGGGAGAGAAGGAGAGAGAGGAGGAAGACGAGGAUCAAGAAGAGGAGGGAGAGAAGGAGAGAGAGACGGAGAAAGAGGAGGAAGAUGACACUUCCAAGGAGGGAGAGAAGGGAGAGAAGGAGGAAGAGGAGGGAGAGAAGGAGGGAGAGGAGGGAGAGAAAGAGGGAGAGAAGGAGGGAGAGAAGGGAGAGAAGGAGGGAGAGGAGGGAGAGGAGGGAGAGAAGGGAGAGAAGGAGGGAGAGAAUGAGCAAGAAGAGGGAGAGGAGGGAGAGAAGGAGGGAGAGAAGGAGGGAGAGGAGGGAGAGAAGGAGGUAGAGGAGGAAGAGGCGGAUCAAGAAGAGGAGGGAGAGAAGGAGGGAGGGGAGGAGGGAGAGAAGGGAGAGGAGGGAGAGAAGGAGCAAGAAGAGGGAGAGGAGGGAGAGAAGGAGGGAGAUGAGGAGGGAGAGAAGGAGGGAGAGGAGGGAGAGAAGGAGGGAGUGGAGGGAGAGAAGGAGGGAGAUAAGGAGGGAGAGGAGGGAGAGAAGGAGGGAGAGGAGGGAGAGAAGGAGGGAGAGAAGGGAGAGAAGGAGCAUGAAGAGGUA